GUGUGGAGGGGCAAUGUUUGUAGUGUGUGCGCGCGCGGGUGCGUGUUGUGUUUGUGUUGGCCUCUAGGUCCUAGGUUAUUUGGUGAUUUUAUUUUUUAAAGAUUUUGGAUCAUUUGCUUUGCUUUUGGUUCGGGAUUUCCACCCUGAAGCUGUCUGGUCGUGCUUAAAAUGAGAGUAAGUAAACGCAAGAAGGACAACGAAGCCGAAGCCACGACAGACACUACUUCGGAUUUACCUGAAACUUCUGAGAUUGAAACCACCAAAACCCAGUCAGAGCCGAAACGACGCAGCACGAGGCUGAGCUUGAAGCCAACGGUACCAGAAGAAGCCAAGCAGGAUCAAGUCAAGAAAGAAACGAAAAAGAGCAACAGCAGGCCGAGGCUAUCUGGUUCUGGCACUGUGAAGACCCAGGCACCGAGCGUCACCACAACCGCCGAGGCGACUGUCGAAUACACCUCGGACGGAAUGUCCUUCGAGGAUGUCACGGACGCAGACGACGACAUGCUGCCAGACAUCGUCAUGGAUUCUCCUACCAAAGAGAAAAAGUACUCUAAGGACGAUAUUGUUUGGGCACCACACAGGAAUGUGUAUUGGCCAGCAAUCGUCACCUCAGUAAAGCCGCCGAAUGUGUGUUUCCUGUAUGUCAACGACUCUGGGGAACAUGUUUUUCGGAAGCAAGCAAGACAGCUUAUUUCCUUCGAUAGUUCACUUAAGAAUCUUGAACUAAAGAAUUUAGGGGAGAAAGAUGGGAACUUAGACGAGAAGGAAGGUGCAAGGUUCAAAGAGGCAUAUGACCUUGUCAAAAAGUACCUUAUGAAGAGGAAGUUUAACUCCAACAUAAAUGCUCGCCGUUUUUUGACCCUCAAUCAGAAUGAUAAGAUGGCACAAGCUAAAACCUGCCUACUAAGGCUGACAGGCAGUUUUGAGGGCUUUGACGAUGAAGAAGAUAAACUUGAUGAAGACAUGGCUGAUAAUGUGUGCAAUAGUGAUGAUGAAGGGAGUGGCACUGAUGAACUAUCUGAAAGUAAAUUACACACUGAUGGGCGAAGUCCCAAUGAAAAGGCCAAAGUUAAAGAAAUUUUGAGAGAUUUGGAGACCUUGCCUUCUAGUAUGACUGUCUCAUCUGAACAAUACAAAGAAAUGAAAAAAGAGGCAAUUAAUCUCUUGGCUGUAAUUCGCUCAACAGACUGUUUUAACCACUUAGAGCAAAUAAGGAAUGGUUCUAUCAUGAGCUCUCGCCACCAGAAGUAUUUUAAACAAGAGUUGGUGCAGGGUGGCUUGGGACCUUUCACCCUUUUUGAAGACCUAACCACUGAAUUGUUGACUGCAUUGGAUCAGCACUGUGACAAAUUUGAUUCCCCAAAUUACAAACAGGCUGUUAUGCUACCUGAGGCAAUAAUUUAUGCUAUUACCAAAGUGAUGGACUGUAGUAAACUUGAUGCUAAACGUCAUUUCCACAAAACAUGUAAAAAAGUUGGAGUUAUGGACCAAGACUAAAUCUCUUUGUUCCAUAGAUGGUUUCUUUACAGUCCAACUGAAUAAUUUUUUACUUACUUAUUCACUAUUCAAGUUCCUUUUCCAUUUUUAUUCUUUUACAAAUUAUGCUUUGAAUCAAUGAACAUUUGUUAUUUGUUGGUUUAGAGUUGCAUGGAUAUGUUGUGCUAGUUCUAUUCAGGAAAUAGCGUUGUUAGAAGAUAAUCAGUAAAAUGGUAGAAUCUGAA